UCGCUCGUCGUUUAUCGCGUCUAGUGUGCCAGAACCAUUACUUAUAUGCUACUCAUUAAUAUGGAUAUUUGGACAUGCGGAUCGUGUUUCGAUAAGUAGAUGAUUUCUGCGGUUUUGAGAAAAUCUCAACGUACCUGUUGUCGAGAAAAGGAAAGGAAUAUUGUGUUUUGACUAAGAUUUGUAUAUAUAAUUGAAAUUUUAAAAAAAGGAGAAACACUUUGCUCUUGUUGAACGAGAUGCAAAACAUGAAAUUCAGUGAAAUCUAACGACCGAGUAGUACUUGUAUAAUAGUUUAAUAUUAAAAGGAUGAAUUCGAUACACGAUGCGGAUAAUGUGGACGAUGUGAAUAGUACGGCCGGACCAAGUCUCGAAAGUGCUUUAUGUAUUUUAUUUGUAAGAUACAUUAGAGGAUGCGACUAUACGUGUAUAUGCUUUGUAACAUAAGUGAAUAACACGACAUGCAAGCCGCCAGUCCUCAUACUCGCUUUUCAUCAAAACGAAUAGAGCUUUGAGAAUUUUGUUGUUGAGCGUGGUAAAACUUCCGCUUUAUUUUUCUUUCGUAUCGUAUCGUAUCGUAUCGUAUCGAAUCGAAUCGAAUCGAAUCGGAAAGUAUAAUUUGUACCCGCGCUGUUACAACGCGAUAGCACGAUUAGAAAAAGAAAUUUUCUUUCAACCGUACGAAAGGCUAAUUAUGUCCUGUGACGCGGAAUCCGUUAUGCAUUCGUUGUUCAAGAAUGAAGAAGUUUUAGAAAAAUCUGUGGUUGAGGUGGUGGAUUCUCGUUCAAACAUCAGUCUUAUACAAACGGUAAUAUCGCAAAAACACUCAAAACACGUCACUAUAAAAUACGACAACAUAUCGACAUCGACUGAUAAGGAUGAAAACUAUCAUCUUUCAGUGCCUACGGUUGGAAAUGUGGAAACGGAAGAAAAUGAAGACGACAAGAUAAUAUCGAUUAUCGAUAAGAAAAUGCGAAAUAAUUCCAAGGAGAAAAAAUAUAUAUGUUGUGGAAAGCUUAGUUAUUUGGAGGUCUUGAAUCAAGUAUUUAAAUCCCAAGAUUCGUCAGAAAAUUCAAAUCGAUCGAGAAGCAAGAAAGUAACACUUUCUUUACUCGAUACGUUCAUCUCCACGAGUAUCGUUGCUCCUUUAACAAUCGGCUUUUGGAGAGGUGUAUGGACAAGCAUGGAUCAUCAUUCGGAAUUGUUUCCCAGCUGGUUUUGUUUUAUAUUCGGUGCAGCUUUGCACAUAGCGUACACCGUUUUCAAAGAUCAACUUCACAACGUCUAUGUGAAGAAGUGGGCGAAAUCAAGUUGGCGAAAACGACUGUCAUAUCGAAUGUUACGAAUCCUAUAUACUUACACCUUUGGAGUGGCAUGUAUCGCGCAUUGGCGAGGUGGCUGGAUCAUCAUUGAUAAUUAUCUAUUUAUGCACAUGUGGAUAAUGAUGUCUUUGACAUGUUCGCUAUUGAUGUGUUUGGCGAUUUUACGUUCUGUUCGAAACUUGAUAGCCACUCCAUUGAUAAUCUUCAUUGACACGCCGAGUUACAUUUUUCAGUUUCCUACUAGAUAUAACAUGGACUGGAUUAAGGUAUUUUGAGGCUCGAGGCUAUUGACUCCAUUGAGGCCCUUUGACGAAAAUGAAAAAUAUUCUUGAAUAGCUCGGGUGAGACCCUCUAACAAACGGGGCUAUAGUCCCCCUUAGCCCCCCUCCCUCCUUAAUCCGGGCUCGAUCUGUCACGUUUGUUAAUAUAAGGACAAUACAUAUAACAUUUACAUGUCUAAUUAUAGUUAUAUAUGAAUGUAAUUAUAAUUAUAAGCGUUUAUACAAAUACGUUUGUGUGAAAAGAGGCCAAUGUACGAUUAAAUUAGGCACUUGUUUGGAAUUUAAAUGAUUGGACUUCAUUGAACAUCGUACAAACUGAGAGCUGCUUAUAAUAUAAUCUAUGUGAAGUGUCGAUUAACACACAGGCUGCUACAAAUAUGUGAAUCUCAGAGGGGUUUGUUUAUCGAGUCUUGGAAAUUUUGCGUUUCGAAUUUAUUUUUCUGGCCUUAUUUUCUUAUAUGUUUUUGUAGACUUACUCUUACGUCAAUUCGACAACAGUCAAUUGUAUGCACUUCGUGACAGUCGCUUCUUCUUCUUCUUCUUCUUCUUCUGGAGUCGAGCCGACCCUGUACUCAAUUGCCAAAUGGUAUUUAACGAUUAUAUGGUACAUGGAGCGUACUCGUACGCGCUUGUUUAAUUUUAAGUUUGUUAUCUUGAUUAAUCAAUUCAUAUAUGGGAAAAUAAAAUACUUGUAUUUCCUACCAUACUUUCUCGAUCGUAACGUUGUAGUACAAACGCGUACUCGGAUUGUGAUAUAAACUUGAUUGUGUCGCUUUAUUUUGGCGAAGCAGCCGUCUCUCUAUAUGCGACGUCACGAGUACGAUGAGAGUAACAAUAGGAUUACUCGUUUGUUUUCUACAGGUUGUAAAAGAGAUUUCUUUUUUAAACGUUAUCACAAGAGUCAUCUCGAACGACGCUGAGGAAGAUUUAGUCGUUUUUAAAAGUCAGUCGUUCUUAUCGAAUUUUUGCGUAGCUAUCGUAUUAGACUGAUAAAAUCAUAGUUCGUUCAAUAAUUGCGCAAAUAUAUUUUACGUUUACUUUGAUUUUAUUCCUUAAUGUGCAAUCGAGCAUAUAUUUUUCCCGAUCCUUCUUUAUUCUCCAAUUCAAUUAUGAAUCGUUGAAUCGUUUCUUUAGUAUUACUUACUUAAAAUUUUUUAACUAAAUACAAACAAAAUUUGUUGCAUAUUUUAAAAGUUUAUUCUUUAUAUUUACAUCAAAGGGUAUUUUAAAACGAUUAAAAAUUAUGAAAGAAAAAAAAUGCAAAGAAAUAAAUAAUUGCAAUAUAACAGAAAGCAAUUGUUGCUAGAUUGUAAAUAGAAAGACCAUAACGAUGUUGCAUUGGUUUUCCCCGGAAGUUUAUGAAAUGAUCUUACCGAUUAUCGUGCAUUGAUAAUAGAAAGAUACGCAGGCGCUAUGAUUGCAUAUAGACGCAAAAUCAACGUUCCUUAUCUACAAAAGAAGUGUUAUCCGUUUUUUUAUCGUAUUUGACACAAAUUAUCAAUCGUUUGUAACAAUCGUUUAAUACGCAAGUAGUGAUUUUAUCUAUGAAAUUUAGACGCAACUGUUACUUCUUUAUCAAAAGUUUUCGAUAACGAAUUACAAGUAUCAUUGCUAAAUAUAAGGAAAGAUAAAGAAAGAAGAAAGUAAUUCAUCGUAUAGCAGAAGAUUUUUAAUUAAUCUAACUGACUGUUUUCUGUAUUUGAACACAUACAUAUAUGCUAACGAGUCAGACUUGUUAUGUAGUCUUACAGUGGAUUAAUAUAUUUAAGAUGUUUUCCAUUAUCUAUUUAUUGUUAGAAAACAAUAAUUACAAGAUAUAGAGAUGAAUAAUUUCAGAUAAACGUUUAUGAAGCAAAAUAUUCUAUAUAUAUUUUUUUUUCAAUAUCUUCCGUAUUAUACUUUGCAAUGAAUGAAUCUUCAUUUGACCCUGACGAAGCCCACGGGGACGAAUUAAGGGACGAAGAUGACAAGAUGUUGUAACCUAAGCUUGAUUGACAUACAAAAAGGAGUCGAUUAGCGAUUAUUUUGGCUAAAGCGUCAAUGGUUAAAUAAAUGAAUAUACAUCAAUGAUUAAAUGAAUGGAAGACAAGAAAAAGAAUAACAUCAAGGUGAUAAAAAAUUAUGCCAUUGUAGUUGAAUGAUUCUGCUCUGUCUCUACCGCAGUUUAAUGAUAAAAUAUAAGACUAUUCUUGUAAUCAUUUUUCCUUGACCGUCGACUGUCGUUAAUUUAACUUAAAAUGCAUCUUUUUAAACAUUCUCUUUUAUUCGUGGCAAAUAUAUAAACAUUCUUAUGUUUUCUUUCAGAUUUUUCUACCCGCAUGUUGAUCUCACGUUUGUCGCUUUCAACAGCAGCACGAUAUGCGUAAUUUGACAUCGCGUACUUACAUAGCAUUUCUUCCGUAAAGCAUAUUUGUAGUUUAGAGGAGAAAAAGGAAAAAAUAAACUACAUACAUAA